AUGUCAUAUCCAGAACGUUAUUUAUGGCAAAACUUCCGUAUUUAUUCGACACGUCUGAAACGAUACCGCAACAUUGUGAUAGAGUCUUGAGUUUUAUUAUAAAGGCAUGUCGCAUGCUUGUAAACAUGAGUUUUUCGUUGACGCUCUUGAUGGCUGCUUUGCAAUACGAGUAUGAGUUCAUUAGCAUACACGUGCAUACAACGGUGCAAUAGAAGAAAGCGUGUUACUUGUUUUGUUGGUGUGAUCAUCCUGCUGCUAUUGACGUUAGUUUUGGCGAACAGAUCGCUUACAAAUAGCCAACUAGAGUGUGAAGAACUUAGUGGAUUAUUGUCAAAUAAAGUGACUGUUACUGAUACCGCAAUUGCAUGUGUUCCAAAGUAUCCAGAAGCAAUCUCCAGUGUGCGAAAUUUACGCAAAAAAAGAUAUUUUAAUCCGCCGCAACCUAGAACCUCAGUGCAACCCCCUUAUGUGAAACGGCUCUGUCCUCAGCAAGACGUUCGAGAUUAUCAAUCACAUUACGCAGCUCCAAAUGAAGCACAGCUAUCAACACAGCCAUAUCAGUACUUCAUUUGGCCUUCUCUCGCUCGCCCUUGGAAUGAUGUUGGUAACAAUUACGAAACUAAACAUCCUCUCUCAAAAAUGCCUGAGAGAAAUUGUUACUGUCCCUUUCCUCUACUGGCAAACAACAAGCUAUGUUAUCAUGGUAUAACAUGUUUUCCAAAAACAACCACCUCCAUAAUAUCAACUACAACGGCCAUCAUUCCUACAUCUUCUACAACUGCAUCCAUCACUUCUUCAACUUCAACGAUAACAAUAAUAUCUUCAAGCAAUACGGAAACUACUGGUACUGCAACCCCCACGGAAACUACCACUACUACAACUCCCACGGAAACUACCACUUCAACAACCCCCACGGAAACUACAACAUCAACAAUCCUCACGGAAACUACUACUACAACUCUCACUGAAACUACAACAAUAACCCCCACGGAAACUUCCACUACAACUCCGAUUGAAACUACAACAAUAACUCCCACGGAAACAACCACUACAACAACCCUUACAGAAACUACAACAACAACUCCCACGGAAACUACAACAACAACCCUUACAGAAACUACAACAACAACCCCCACAGAAACUACAACAAUAACCCUUUUAGAAACUACAACAACAACCCCCACAGAAACUACCACUACAACCUCAACUGAAACUACUCCUACAACAACCCCUACGGAAACUACCACUUCAACAACCCCCACGGAAACUACCACUACAACCUCAACUGAAACUACUACUACAACUCCCAUUGAAACUACAACAAUAACCCCCACGGAAACUACCACUACAACAACUCUCACGGAAACUACCACUACUACAAUUCCACCUACAACGACAACUACUAUCACCCCACCGACAACGACAACAACUACAACCCCACCGACAACGACAACAACUACAACUCCACCUACAACGACAACUACUACCACCCCACCGACAACAACUACAACUACAACUCCACCUACAACGACAACUACUACAACUCCACCUACAACGACAACUACUACAACCCCAACUACAACGACAACUACUACAACUCCACCUACAACGACAACUACUACAACCCCAUCGACAACAACAACAACUACAACCCCACCGACAACGACAACAACUACAACUCCACCUACAACUACUACUACAACAACCCCAACUACAACAACUACAACUCCACCUACAACGACAACUACUACAACUCCACCUACAACUACUACUACAACAACCCCAACUACAACGACAACUACUACAACCCCAACUACGACGACAACUACUACAUCUCCACCUACAACUACUACUACAACAACCCCAACUACAACGACAACUACUACAACCCCAACUACGACGACAACUACUACAACUCCCCCUACAACUACUACUACAACAACUCCAUCUACAACAACAACAACAACUAGAACCCUACCUACAACGACUCCAACUACCACAAGGGUUGUACCUUCAACCACUAGAGCAACACCUCGACCUUAGUGCAUCGUACAGUUCAGUUCAGUUUCUGCUUAACAGGAAUGAAAAACCUUAUGAAUUGUAAAAUUUCUUCGUGUUGUAGCAGUCACGAGCAGCAAUGAUUAUUAAUGCGAGCAUGAUUUCCAUUUCCAUCAAAAGCGAAGCAUCCAGCAUGUGCAUUAUUUGAUUUGUUUUAUUUAAAUUUACUUGCCUCUAGGGCUUUAUUAUAAUUAACUUACAGCUUCUUCUUUAGAUAUAAUUAACCAUGCAUAAC